CUUUGAGCUAUACUCAUAGAGUCAGCAUAUGAAUGCGGCCGAAACCGAAUCGUAGGUGGGUAAUUUACCCACCUACGCAGCUUAAUUAUGCGUUAACACUAAUUCUUCAAAUACCCUAUUCGAUUCUUUGGUUAUAGAACAACUCUGAAGAGUUUACAGUGCAGUUUUGAUUAUUUCUUGAGUUUAUCAAUGGCUGGCGUUUUAAUAGGUCUAAGGCGUGUAUAUCUCAUAAUUUACAAUUGGAUUGUCUUUUUUGGAUGGUUUCAAGUGUUUUAUUUUGGUGUGAAAACUCUGAAAGAAUCUGGGCAUGAACAUGUCUAUGAUGCUGUUGAGAAGCCUCUGCUUUUUGCUCUAACUGCUGCCUUUUUGGAGAUACUUCAUAGUCUAGUAGGUUUGGUAAGAUCUCCAAUAUCGGCAACUCUGCCACAGAUAAGUUCAAGAUUAUAUGUAACCUGGGGAAUUUUGUGGAGUUUCCCCGAGAUCCGGACUCAUCUACUUGUUAGUUCUCUAGCGAUUAGCUGGUCCAUAACAGAGAUUAUUCGAUAUUCAUUUUUUGGUACAAAGGAGGCAUUUGGUUCUGCACCUUCCUGGCUCUUGUGGCUAAGGUAUAGUACCUUCUUGUUGUUGUACCCUACAGGCAUCACAAGUGAAGUUGGUUUAAUAUAUAAUGCCCUGCCUUACAUGAAGGAAUCUGGAAAGUAUGCUGUUAGGAUGCCGAACAAAUGGAAUUUCUCUUUCGGUUACUACUAUGCAGCACUUGUUUGCCUUGCCAUCUAUGUUCCAGGAUGUCCUCACCUCUACAGAUACAUGCUUGGGCAGAGAAAGAAAGCACUCUCUAAAUCAAAAAAGGAAUAGGCUUUAUUAUUUGUCUAAAUUCAGCUUCUUGGAAUUCUAUUUGGGCAGAAGUGAUGUAAUUUUUGAUGUUUUUCUGAUCCAUUGGAAACUUUCCACCUAUUUUUUCUGUUCCAUUAGACUGUUCAGAAUAACUAAAAAUUAUCAGAAACUUCAAAAAUAAAGAUCUCUUGAUCA